AUGUCGCUCUACCCAUCGCUAGAAGAUAUGAAGGUAGACAAAAUGGUUAGAGCUCAAUUGGCUCAAAAUCAAGCUCCAUCGGGCUAUCCUCCUGCUUAUCAUCAACCAGGAUAUCCUCAGAUCACUGCCGCUACUCCUAGUGUCCCAACAUCGAUGUAUCCGGCGCUGGGCGAAUAUAUGGGACUGGAGCUAUCUCAUGAUGUUAUUGCCCUAAAUAUGCCCGAAUAUCAAGUGCAAACUCUUCAAGCUGGAGGAACAGGAAGUAAUUUAAUUGCUCCACUUUCGUCUCAGUCACCUAGUCUGGCAAAGGCUAUAGUGACUCAUGGGAUAAGACAAGUCAUUAUGUGUAAAGACAGAGAUGGCAAGUGCGGUUUAAGACUUCACUCUGUUAACAAUGGUGUGUUUGUAUGCUAUGUUGCUGCUGGGAGCCCAGCAGCACUCGCCGGUUUAAGAUUUGGUGAUCAAAUCUUGGAGAUUAAUAAUGUUGCUCUAGCUGGUAUGUCUAUGGAUCAGUGUCAUGCUAUACUAAAAGAAGGCGCCCACUAA